AGAUUUAGUGACGGACCAGGAAGUAAACAUAACGUAUUAGUUUUAUCCCUUCGUUUUUAUCUAUCUCUCCUUUUUCAAAUACGAAUUUACAUUAUAUGAUACGUUUACCAAUACGCAAAGAAACAUCUGUACCAUUUUAAUAGUUUAAAUACUGUUUAAGUAUUGUUUAAGUACCCACAUUCGCAAAACAGCCUUGGAUUAUUUUAAAUAUUUUACAAAAUAACCAAAGAUCGCAUGUUUGUUAAGUUAAACUCAUGAUAUUACCGUAGUUAGACCUGCUAAUGACAUCAAGUGGUUUCACAAUGAAGAGAUUUUACACAUGCAGUUGCUUUUUUACCGACAACAUUUUUCUUGAAGAAUACAAACUUCAUGUUCGAUUCGUCUCGGAGAAUCAGUUUAGGAAGGACUAUGAAAGUAUCCUUAGAUCCCUUGGUUGUGUGUCUAGAUCUCAAGUCAACGACGUGCUUAGAAAGAUUAAUGUAGAAAUCAAGAGAAGGCAUAAUCAUACAUUGGAAUCAGCAAAGAGAGCAGCUAUCAUCCAGGAGAUUUAUAAACCUCUACAUCAGCAUGUUUAUCAUCUACAGGAAUCAUUUCUGGCCCCAGAGCUUUUACAGAUUGUUAAAUAUGUUGGUUCAAGUGAAGCAAACAUGGAGGGACUGAUGAAUCUUAUCCAGACAGAGGCAGCUCCAGGAGUCUACCGAUUUCCAGUGUUCACAAAGGAGUUCUGCAAGGACCUCAUAGAGGAGCUGGAGCAUUUUGAACAGUCUGAGGCACCAAAGGGCAGGCCAAACACCAUGAACAAUUAUGGGAUUCUACUUAAUGAACUUGGCUUUGAUGAAAGCUUCAUCACCCCACUAAGGGAGCUCUAUCUGCAUCCACUCACAGCUCUGCUGUACAGUGAUUGUGGAGGAAGCUCUUUGGAUAGUCAAAAAGCUUUUGUGGUGAAGUAUGCAAUGGGAGAAGACUUGGAUCUUAGCUAUCAUUAUGACAAUGCUGAAGUGACUCUCAAUGUAUCACUGGGGAAAGAGUUCAUGGAGGGGAACCUGUUCUUUGGAGCCAUGAGACAGGUGCCUCUAAGUGAGACCGAGUGUGUGGAGGUGGAGCAUCACGUAACUGAGGGUCUGCUCCACAGGGGCCAGCACAUGCAUGGAGCUUUGCCUAUUUCCUCAGGCGCACGCUGGAACCUGAUUAUAUGGAUGCGAGCUUCACAUGAAAGGAACAAACUCUGUCCCAUGUGUGGUAAGAGACCAACACUCGUAGAGAGUGAGGGAUACAGUGAUGGCUUCACCAUGGAUCCUGAUGACUCUACCAGGAACAUGUCAUGUUCUUUACCAUGAUGUUAUUCCAUGCAUAUCAUGUGUGUUGUCCUGCAGAUUCUUUUUCAUGUGAGUUGACUGUCAGGAUAAUUAUUAUUUUUUAUUUUUUUUUUAAUCAGUGUAGCUUUAUGUUAAGGAAUCAGGAGUAGUUGUGUGUUCUUAAAUGUAAAUGACCAGAUUUUUUUUAUAUUAUGAUUGUAAAUGUAGUGUAUUUAAACCAGAUAUUUAUUUGGGAAAUCAUUGUAUUUGUAUCUUUACAUGAAUUAUUAAGAUAUACAAGGCAUUUGAGAUGACAUACAACAUCAAUUCAAUUUUACAAAACAAGGAAUAUGGCAUAUAUGUACAAAAACACAUCAAUUUGAAUAAAUACAUAUUUUUAAUCUGCCAACUCAUAUCCUUUACCAGAAUUCAAUUUUCAGGAGACAGAAUUAUUGAAUCUCACUUCAAUUCUCUCUUAUUCCAGAGCUUAAAUCUCAUCAGCCUACAUACAUCAGAUAUAACACUGCACAUUUGCAUAUAUUCACAUACAGCAUACAUAAAUACAGACAAUAACAUCCCACUUAUAUUGUUAAGGAUUCAAAUAGACAUUCUUAAACUCACAAGUUUAGAAAGUUAAAGGACAAAAACUUUCAUGUGAGGUUUCAAAGCUCAUUUUUUGGUUGUUUCUUUUCCCCAACUUAGAUUUUUGAGAGUCAUAUGCAGGAAAAGAAAGGGAAAGGAAGGAAAAGCAUGACUGUUUGGAGAAAGGCAACACUACACUGGUAUAAGCAGUUUACAGGAGAAAACAACCAUAAUCGUUUUCACAAAAAUAUUGUAAUCUUGAAAAUAAAGUUUGUCUAAAAUGAAAAGUGCAAAAGGUCACUUUACUGCAUAUAUAUAAAUAGAAUAUAGUAGAAUAUAGUAUAUCUUCAUUUGUAGGAUGACAAUAAACUUAAUACCCUCUCAUAUCUUUUCCCAUUAUCUGUGGUAUUACACUGAUUCCAAUUAGUACUGUAUAAUUUACGUUUUCAUAUAGCUGUUUUCUAUGUUUCAAUUGAUGUGGUUUUUAAAAUGAAAAACAAAAACAAUAUUUUAUGCAUGAGAUGCAUAAGUAAUGCAUGACUUUUGGUCAGUCUUUGCCCUUUAAAAAACAAUUCAAUAUCUGACUUCUUAAACAGUGUCUGAUGCCUACCCAUCUAAAAGCGCUGUCCUUAUGAUCCCCACUAUCAUACAGUUGAACAUGUGUAUUAGCAACACAUUAGCUGAAAUGGAGUGUAUAACAUUCCACACUCCACAUUG